AUGGCACAGACUGUCUUGGUACGACAGGAAUGAGAGACAACACGAAGCAACAUGGCCGUCUACAAGACCACCCAGGUAGUAUUCAUCAUAACGACGUUAGUUGGACUAAUUACGCCGAUUGCUGUGGACCCAGGUCAGCCCUGUCCAGCCCCUCCUCCUUGUACAUGUCGUAUCCCCGGAAGUAUGAUAGACUGCAGUGGGAAAGGUUUAAGCCAUGUUCCUGGAAUCUCUAAUGGCGGUCAGCAGCGUUGGACGGUAGACAUUAGCUACAACCAGCUCACCACCAUUCCAAAGCGAGCAUUCGAAAACAUAACAGUCGUGUCGCUCAACAUGUCACACAACAAGAUUAGUACCUUGUCCAUGGAUUGCUUAGUCGGUUCAAAUGAUGUCGUCACUUCCGUUCAUAUGGAGUCUAACCAGUUCUGGUAUCUGCCAAACGCUAUAGAUGAUCUGACGAACCUGGAGAUUCUUACAAUGCAAGACAACCCCUUCAUAAUCCUGGGAACUAGUAUGUCAUUUGCGUCUACUCUUCGCUACCUUACCAUAGGUUCUGAGAACUCUCCAUGGCCGAAAUACAUCGACCAAUUGAAUGCAAUAACUCACCUUACAGUCGUAGGUCUAACUUGCUACUCUUUGCCGUUCGACGCAUUCUUUAACAUGGCAGGUACAAUGAAAUCACUUGUGUUGCAGAACAAUGAAUGUAACGAUAUGCCUGACAGCGUACAAGUACUAACUAACUUGGAGCAUUUGGCCGUUAUCGACAACCAUCUUCUGACGUCAUUUGAUAUCCAUAACCUCACCUCACUAACUUCUUUGGUGAUAGAAAACAGCAGCUUAUCAACUAUGCCAAAUAUUUCAAAAUGUACUCAUUUACUGAGCAUCUACGUCACCGAUUCCCCAAUAAAAUCGUGGGAACUUGACACCAUACCACCCGAGUCUAAGCUGAGAAAUAUCACACUAGACCGCACGGACUUUGAUCACAUUCCAACAGCUCUACGUCAAAUACCACUGGUGGAAAACUUAUUAAUGAAAAACACAAAUGUAUCGAACAUAGAAGAUUCUGAUCUGUCCACAUUAUUUCUGCUGAGAAACCUUGACCUUAGUAACGCAUCUUUGGAAGGUAUUGCAGUGACUGCAUUUAAGCAAAAUACAAUGUUGUACUCAAUCAGUCUCGACAACACUAACCUUGCCGGUGUACCGAGGGCGAUAGGCGAGGUAGAUUCGCUCUACGUUCUUAACAUGUUAGGUGAUAGUAUCGAGUGUACUUGUAAAGAACUUGGAUGGAUGAGGCUGUGGGGAGCCCUGGAACACUUUGUUACGGGCUCCGGAACCUGUCAGAAUACAGGCAUGGAUUUAAUGACUUAUAUACGGGAAUAUGUACCCAAGUGUGCAACAUGAAUGUAUUUUAUGUAUAUUAAAAGUAAAUACAAGCAACUCUGUCUCCAAUAUAGUUUGAAUAAAUGUAUAUAUAUAUCAAAUGAACUUGUCAAAAAAACAAACAUGCAUUAACCCCUGAAGUGCCACAGAGCCUAUUUGCAGGCUCUAUGCACUACUGCGAUCUGCGUUGAUUUGUUUUACUUGACAAAAUGUCCGUGUUAGGUCAGGUCCUGAUUGGUCGACAUUUAGAUAUUGAUCGAUGUUAUAGAUUUGGUAUGCAGAUGUAUUAUGUAGGGUUGUCAUUGGUUAGCCGGUUAACCGGUUGCUCGGUUGAAAGACAACGAACCGGCUACCAAACUCCUUCACCGAAAAUUCGGACAAUUACUUACAUGUACCCCUUUUGGGAGCCCCAUGUUUCCCUGGCUUAGAC